UUUUCAUCACGCACGCAACCCCCCAAAAGAGGGAAGGGAGGAACUUUGGCUCGCAUUCUCGUCUCGCGUUUUUCACAGCCAACAGCAGACAAGACAAGACACAAAGUGCUCGUCGUUGCGUUUUUGUUUGAGAAAAUCAGUGAAGGGAAAAUCUGCCGCGUCAAAAGGCAAAAGGUGCCGUUUUUGCGUGUUUCCGACGAGAGCAGAGAACUGUUUAUUGUGGAAUAGAAGUGAAAUUGUGAUCGGAUUCGGAGAGCUUGCCGUACAAGAUGGUCAACAACGACAAGCAUCAGCCCCAGGAGGAUGAACACACCACUGCGGACAACACGGUCGUGCAAAAGUACAAAACAGCCGGAACCAUCGUCAACAAAACGCUAAACAGUCUCAUCCAAGGAUGCAAAGUGGGAGCUUCCGUGAAAGCCCUCUGCCAAAAGGGAGACAAUCAGAUGGAAUCCGAGACUGGCAAGAAAUACAAGAAUGAACCGGAUAUGAAGAAGGGAAUCGCUUUCCCAACGUGUCUCUCGGUGAACAACUGCAUUUGCCACUUCUCCCCAUCGAAGAACGAUCCGGACUAUCAGCUGAAGGCAGGAGAUGUCGUCAAAAUUGACCUGGGAGCGCACAUCGACGGUUUCAUUGCGGUGGCCGCCCACACGAUCGUGGUCGGUGCCAAGCUGGAGAACAAGGCGAAGGGCCGUGCGGCGGACGUUGUCCUCGCGGCUUACCACGCCAGCCAGGCCGCCCUGCGAUUGAUGAAGGACGGAACCAGCAACUACGCGGUGACGGAUGCCGUGCAGAAGAUUGCCGCCGAGUUCAAAUGCAAACCGAUCGAGGGCAUGCUCAGCCACCAGUUGAAGCAGUUCAAGAUCGACGGCGAGAAGACCAUCAUCCAGAACCCGACCAUCGCCCAGAAGAAGGAACACGAAAAGUGCGAGUUCGAAAAGUACGAAGUGUACGCCAUGGAUGUGCUGGUCAGUACCGGCGAGGGCCUCGGCAAGGAACUGGACACCAAGGUUUCCAUCUACAAGAAAACCGAGGAGAACUACCUGCUGAAACUGAAGGCAUCGCGUGCAUUCUACGCUGAGGUGAAAAAGAAGUACGGCCCGAUGCCAUUCAACCUGCGCAACUUCGAGGAGGAAGCCAAAGCCAAGAUGGGAGUGCACGAGUGCGUGACGCACAAGCUGGUCGAACCGUUCCAAGUAUUAUACGAGAAACACAACGAACUAGUCGCCCAGUUCAAGAACACCGUGCUCAUCCUGCCGAACGGAUUGACGGUGGUGACCGGUACCAACUUCGACGUGAACUGCUUCGAGAGCGAACACAGCGUCCAGGAUGAGGAGAUGAAGAAACUGCUCGAAUCGGAACUGGUCCUGGCGGACGCCAAAAAGUCGGCGUUGGCCAACCUGACCAAGGCUGCCUCCUCCAAACCCGCUGGUGAUGCCGCCAAGGCUGCUACUGCCUCUGCUGCUGCGCCAGCACCACCUGCCGAUGGAUCUGCCCCGGUGGCAGCCGCCAAGGACAAGAAGAAGAGGAAGAAGAAGAAGGCCGCGGCUGCCGGCGAAACGGCGGCUGCAGAGGAAGCCGGCAAGGAGAAUGCCGCCUAAGUGUGAGGGUGGCCAUCGCAGCGAAAGAGGUUGUAUGUUGUUAGGGUUCCGCAGUGGUUUUCGCAGCUGCGUUCAGAAAGUCUGGUUCUACGUUUUGAUUUCCUCCAUUUGCGCUCGAUCGGAACCUUGGUACGGAACUGGUAGGAGCGUCAUCCUGCAUUUCCGUUGAGGACUGUUCGAUCUUAGUUUGGAUGCUCUUUUUUGUGGUACAGAGUCUAUAAUCGGUGCCUGCGACUCGCCCUAGAAUGUAAGGCGUUUAGUUUUUGAAGUGUUCGCAAUAAGUCGAGAGUUAGUAGAGUUAUUCGUUUCCCUUAUGAUAUCAGACUGUGUCCGUUCCAAGCGCCGAUUAUGGGCGCGGUAUCUUCCAGAGCCUUCCAGGAGCAUGUUCCCGUGACCUCAGUAUAAUCCCCCCGCCCAUCUCUUUACACACAAACCACAUUUGUUAAUACACAUCCGUGACCAGUUGAAAAAUCCGAUCAGAAUCGUACUACUCAAAAAAAAAUAUAGCCAUGGUAGGGUACUUUCACGAAAGUACAUUGGAGAGAAAAGGCAAUCAAUUACUUCCAGAGAAACCAGUGAUCUGUUGGAAAGCAAAAUAGUGUCGAAACGAUGUAUGUAGAUAAGAAAAGGUAUACUACGGAAACGAUGCCAUUGUACCUUCGGAAAAACUAUCUGACCAGAAAUGGAAACCCGCGCGUGUUGACACAUUGACAGGAGAGAGCAAUCGCAUUCAUUCACCUUGUAUAAAAAAAAGCAAACUGCAACCACAAAUUUAUUGAGUCGUUUAAAAUUGUAAUUCCGUUUUUUGUUUCGUAAUAAAGUUUUGAAAAGGAGAGCAUCCAAAUAAAUUUUACUUACGUAUUAUAGAGAUGCGUAUUAGGUAAACAA